ACCUGGUGACGAUGUAGAUGUAUCAUGGAAAUUAUUUGGUAAAGAGUGCUUUGUUGACGGUGUCGUACCACUACAUCAGAAUCUUUACCAUGAAACAAAUACCAACAUUUCUUCAUUUCGUUACCCCGUGCAAAUCAUACUAUCUCCAAAUAUUCAAAACUUAAGUUUAUUCUUCCUUGAUAUUGAAUUAACAUUUCCAACGAAUUCUCUGGGUAUGAUAUGGGAUGUCAUGGGACCAUUUACUAUUUUACCAAUUCCAAAAACUCCUCCAGGAAAAAAUGUAACAGAUCCCAAUAAUGACAUUCAUGGAGAAGAUAUUUUUGCUAGUUGGAAUAAAGAUAUUGAUGAUACCAAACAAAGUAAUGACUCUAAACAGAACAAUAAUAAGGAAAAAACUGGUAAAAUUAAAGCUCCAUCGAAUUGUUUGAAAACUUGA